UUGCUUGACAUGGAGAGUGCAGUGUUCACCAGCUGGCUCCUUUUCCUGAUGUUCAGCCCAGCUGUUCCCAUGUGCUUACCCACAGACUUCACCCUGUAUGUGGAACGGCCAGAGUGUGGCUACUGUGUGGCGAUCAACACAACCAUCUGCAUGGGAUUCUGCUACUCAAAGGACAGUAACCUGAAGCACCCACUCCGCACACGCUUCCUGAUCCAGCGAGGCUGUACCUAUGACAAGGUGGAAUACCGUGCGGCCGUACUGCCCGGCUGCCCCGUGGACUCCAACCCUGUCUUCACCUACCCUGUGGCCCUCAGCUGCCACUGUGGGGCCUGCAGAACGGACAGCAAUGAGUGCAUACAGAGGUCCGGCCCUGACAGAGCUCGCUGUACCAAACCAGUGAGAAGUCUCUACCCGUACCCUGGCCAGAGAAACUACAUGAUCCCUUUCUGA